UAUUGUUUACUUUUCCUGUCAAGCAAUGCUUAUUCUGUUCUUACUUUUAUGGCCAAACGAAAAAAGAGAAUUAACAGCCCAAUUACAAACUGAACUAACAACUAACGUGAUUUUAACCAACCAUACCAUCGAGAAAGAAUUGUUAUUCAUUAAAUAAUUGUUUCAAAUUUGCCACCUGGGCGACCGAUAACACCAGCAGCAUAGACCACCACUAGGGCCAUCGAUAGCGAUUGGCGAGAAGAAGAAAUCGAGAAAACGUGUGUGAUAAAGAACUAGCAGGGCAGAAUGUCUGGACGCGAAGGCGGUAAAAAGAAGCCACUGAAGGCACCCAAGAAGGAAGGCAAGGACCUCGACGAGGACGACAUGGCCUUCAAGGCAAAGCAAAAGGAGCAGCAGAAGGCUCUGGAGGCGGCCAAGGCGAAUGCCUCCAAGAAGGGUCCCCUGGUCGGUGGCGGCAUCAAGAAGUCCGGCAAGAAGUGAUAGACAGUCUGCUUCAAUCUCACCCGGAUGGAUGCAGUACGCAGCAUUUUCUUUCAUACAAGUCUAAACGAAACAACUGAAGCCAACCCAUGUGCACUAAACUAAAUUGAUUGUGUAGCCAGUUCAAACCAUAUUCUUUUUAUACUUACGAUUACCAUUAAAUAGAUCAUUGUACGUGAUGCGGAA